AUGCUCUCCUUCCUCGCGCCGCUCAGCAUCUCGCUUGCCUUCCUCGCCGGCGUCCGCCCGCCCGUCACGGCCGCUCGCGCGCGUAUCGUCGCCACCGCCCCCGAGCAAGCCACCGAGGCAAAGCCUGCGGUGAAGCCAGCCGCUGCUGACUGGCUUCCUCUCGGCAAGUACCGCUUCUCCGACGACACCGUCGGGUCCGGAGCGCAGCCGACAGAGGGCGACGUGGUCGUGCUGCACUACUCCGUGAAGUUUGCGAGCGGCGAGGAGCUUGGCUCCUCGCGCGGCCGCUUCCCCCUGACCUUUGCGCUCGGCAAGCACGAUGUCGAGAUCUUUGCCGACGCGCUUCGAGGCUCUUUCGAAUCGGGCGCGGAGCCGAUGAAGAUCGGCGGCCGCCGCCGUGUGCAGGUUCGCUGGAACCAGAUCCCGCCGCUGCAGCGGCCAAACGUGCCCAAGGACCAGGAGGGCGAGCCGCUGGUGGUCGACCUCGAGCUGGUCCGCGUCGAGACGGGCGCGCUCGCGCAGCUCAUCUCGGUCCUGCCGCCGGGCGAGCGGCGCAAGACCAUCCUGCGCACCCUCUUCGCCCUCUCCUUCCUCCCCUACCUCCUCCCCAACGACCAACGGCCGCCCGGGUUCCGCUUCGGCGACCCGGUGGCGAUUGGCGAGGCGCGGAUCGAGCGGCAAGAGGCGGCUAGCAGCUCGCUCUUCCUCGGCGGUGACGGCAGCUCGCUCGACUCGCUCUUCCCCUGA